GCUCGCGCCUCGCUCUCAGAAACUCCCAAUCCAGACACAGGCAAGGCGCUGUCCUUUCAGCACCACGAGCUCGGGCUGAGGAGGGAGGACUCCUGGCCGUCCUCCUCCUCUUCAAAUUGGCUUGAAUCUCCUCUGACCCCCCAAGAGUGCAUCACAGUCUGGGAAGAAAGGUGUAAGGAUGGUGAAGCUGAACAGUAACCCCAGUGAGAAGGGAACCAAGCCGCCUUCGGUUGAGGAUGGCUUCCAGACCGUCCCUCUCAUCACUCCCUUGGAGGUUAACCACUUACAGCUGCCUGCUCCGGAAAAGGUGAUUGUGAAGACAAGAACGGAAUAUCAGCCUGAACAGAAGAACAAAGGAAAGUUCCGGGUGCCGAAAAUCGCUGAAUUUACGGUCACCAUUCUCGUCAGCCUGGCCCUCGCUUUCCUCGCCUGCAUCGUGUUCCUGGUGGUUUACAAAGCCUUCACCUAUGACCACAGCUGCCCAGAGGGAUUUGUCUAUAAGCACAAGCGCUGUAUCCCGGCCUCUCUGGAUGCUUACUACUCAUCCCAGGACCCCAAUUCCAGAAGCCGCUUCUACACGGUCAUCAGCCACUACAGUGUGGCCAAGCAGAGCACUGCUCGGGCCAUCGGGCCGUGGCUGUCGGCGGCUGCUGUCAUCCAUGAGCCCAAGCCGCCCAAGACCCAGGGCCAUUAGAGGCCCACCCCCAGCCAGAAUGGGGGGUGCGGAGGGGGACCCCCCAUUGGCUAAGCCAAGCUCCAGUUACAAGACACCACUGUACUCCUGGGAUAUGGGGGUGGGGGCGGGGCCGGGGUGGGUAGGGGGAGGGAACUCACCGAAAAUAUCGUGCACUGGAGUUGUCUGAAUCGAUAUUUCUUUUUGUCUUUUGGUAUUGUUGAUUCGUCCCCAAGUCAGGAUUAUGUACAAAGGCAUGUUUCGUGUUGAUUGUUCCCAUGUAAGAUAUUUUCGAAGCCACUGCUUAUUACUUGUUAGGAAAAUUUAAAAACAGGAAGGGAAACAAAACGAACAGAAAAAGAGUCAACUGGUUGGAUCUGGAAGACGCUGACGGGCCGUAAAGAGCACAGCCUCUUCUUAGCAGAGAAACUGUAGUUUCAGCAUGGGGUUUGGAAGGUACCGAAAAUGUGAGUGAUGCAGGCUGGGGCUGUGUGGCUGGCCUCUGGUCUGCAGGAGAGGACUAUGGGAAGUUAGGACCGGCCUAGCUGGAGAGAAGGGCUGCUUUCGGCAUUGGUAAGCCCGGAACACACACGACCCAAAGUG